AUGCAUUACCUGCGUUUACGGAAACACUUUCGAUUCAACAUUCAAUUCUUCGGUUCCCAACGACGUGACAGCGACGAGUAUUACCGACAGCUGUUCCAUAAGCGGAAACAAGGCGUGAUCGGCGAAGUGAACGUGUCCACCGAUACUCCGGUCGUUGUCUUCAAGAAGGACGAAAAAACGAAGCAGCUCAUCAAGAACGCUAUUCUGAAGAACAAAUUCCUCGGUGAUCUCGACGAGUCGCGGAUAGAGAACCUGAUUUCGGUGAUGUACCCGAAACGCGUGAAGGCCAACACACGGAUCAUUCACGAAGGCGAAACCGGAUCUCAUCUGUACGUCUCGGAAGAGGGCAGAUUCGAGAUCUACGUUGGGAACACAUACCACGGAUGCUUUGGUCCUGGCGUCGCUUUCGGAGAACUGGCUCUCUUGUACAAUACCAAAAGAUUAUGCUCCAUCGAUGCGAAUACGAAUGGAAAGAUCUGGAUACUGGACCGACAUGUGUUCCAAACGAUAAUGGCGAAAAGCAGCGAAGAGACCAUGGAACAAAAUCUGCUGCUACUUCGUAAAAUUCCGAUAUUCAAGGACUUCCCAGAAGAGGCUCUGUUAAAGAUUUCUGAUCUAAUAGUUGUGGAAUUCUAUAAGUCGAAUAUGUACGUGAUACGGGAAGGUGAUCGUGGGAACAAGUUCUACAUCGUGAACGGCGGGAACGUGAGGAUAACGAUGAACAAUUCGAACGGAAUGGAACAGGAACUGAUGAUCCUCGAGAAAGGCGACUACUUCGGCGAGAAAGCACUCUACGACGACGGCGAAUCUCGUCGACAGGCGAACGUGAUCGCGAUGCCGCCCGGAGCAGAGUGCUUCACCAUCGAGAGAUCAGCCUUUCUGACUUAUCUCGGUGGUCUGGAGUCAAUCAGAAACAAAAACUGGCUGCAGCACCAAAAGUCGACCGAAUCGGACGAUUGGGACGAACAAUUUCGGAAUUUAUCCCUAUCGGAUUUAGAUGUCGAGGGCACCAUUGGAACCGGUGGAUACGGUCGAGUGGAACUGGUUACAGUGAAAUCGACAUCGAACGUCAGCUUCGCACGGAAGAAAGUGAAGAAACACUUGAUCACGCAGGGUAACUUCCAGAAGAUGAUCUACAACGAGAAGAUGAACUUGAAGCUGUGCGAUUCUCCUUUCGUUUGCAAACUGUACAGAACCUUUAAAGACAAACGGUAUCUGUACUUACUGAUGGAGGUGUGUCUCGGAGGCGACUUACGGACAGCUUUAAACAGAAAUGGCCGGUUCGAGAAUUCAACGACUCGAUUCAUCGUCGCGUGCCUGAUCGAAGGACUGAAACACGUUCAUUCCUUGGGCAUCAUUUACAGAGACUUGAAACCUGAAAACGUCGUGAUCGAUCACCGUGGCUACGUUAAGCUCACCGAUUUCGGGUCCACCAAGAAGAUCGGUUCCUACCAGACCAAGACCUUCGUGGGCACGCCGGAAUACUUGGCUCCGGAAAUUAUUCAGAGCAGAGGUUACAACCAAGCUGUCGAUUAUUGGGCACUGGGAAUCCUCACGUACGAGCUACUUCUAGCUCGAACGCCUUUUGAAGAUAUCAACGACAUGGAGAUGUACAACAAAAUCAUUCUUGGUUUCAAUAAAUCUUUAUUGCCACCUGCUUUACAAAGUGCCGUAAAACAUUUUAUUAUGUCUCUAUUGCAAAACGAUCCUGUUAAAAGACUUGGGCAUAUACGAAGUGACAUUCGAAAUCACAGGUGGUUUAAUAAUUUCAACUGGCACCAACUACAGAAGCAAACGAUGCCAUCGCCCAUUGUGCCAACGGUAAAAGGUCCUCUGGAUCUGAGAAACUUCGACAGAUUCCCACCGGAUCAUAAGCCGGCGCCAGUCGAUUUUUCCGACUGGGACGCGAAUUUUUGAAUUGGUACAAAAUUAUUGUUAACUAAUUCAAUAUAAUUCUC